CCCGGACAUGCCGGACGAGUGAAUUUUAAGGAAGGUUCGAUGUUUUAGGAAAGUUUGAAAAAGCAUCGAACGGGAUUCUGAGAUUUUGAAUUCCCUUGAUGAACAAAAUCUAUACAAUUUAAAAAUCACGCAACAAAUCAACCAAAAGAGAAAUUCCAAAGAAUCCAAAUCCACUCAACCCAUCCAAACAAAAUAAAUUCACAAAAACGACUCACAUUUUGGAAUUCACUUCAUCAAUCUCUGCGAUGGGUGUUCCUCAGGCCAUGCAAACCCUAAGCGAGAGAGCAGCAUUCACGAGGGAGUCUCUGCAAAAGAGCCAGACCAUCACGGAUAGUAUGGUCGCCAUUCUCGGCUCCUUCGACCACCGCCUCUCCGCUCUCGAAACCGCCAUGCGUCCCACUCAGAUAAGGACGCAUUCGAUUAGGAAGGCCCAUGAGAAUAUAGAUAAGACACUGAAGGCGGCUGAAUUGAUACUGGCCCAAUUUGAUCUCACCCGCAAGGCGGAGGCUAAAAUACUGAGAGGGCCACACGAGGAUCUAGAAAGUUACCUAGAAGCAAUGGAUCAACUGAGAAGCAUUGUUCAUUUUUUCAACUGUAACAAAAGUUAUAAGAGCAAUGCUGGAGUGCUUAAUCAUGUCAAUAACUUACUUGCAAAAGCUAACUUAAAGAUAGAAGAGGAGUUUAGACAGCUCUUGACAUCUUACAGCAAACCAGUGGAACCUGAUCGCCUUUUUGAUUGCCUCCCCCACUCUCUACGACCAUCAUCAGGGUCUCCUGGGCAUCAGGGUGAAGCUACUGGCAAGAAUCCUUCUUCUACCAAUCACUCUGAGCACAACAAAAGCUUAGAAACUGCUGUUUACACUGCUCCAACUCUUAUUCCACCCAGGAUUCUGCCAUUGCUGCACGAUUUAGCCCAACAAAUGAGUCAAGCUGGUCACCAACAACAACUCUACAAAAUUUAUAGAGAAACCCGUGCUUCAGCUUUGGAACAGAGUCUCAGGAAAUUAGGUGUGGAAAAACUUACUAAAGAUGAUGUCCAGAAGAUGCAGUGGGAAGUUUUGGAGGCUAAGAUUGGAAAUUGGAUUCAUUUCAUGCGGAUUGCUGUCAAAUUGCUAUUUUCUGGGGAAAAGAAAGUCUGUGGUCAAAUAUUUGAUGGUGUUGAUUCUCUCAGGGAUCAAUGUUUUGCAGAAGUUACUGCAAACAGUGUAGCUGUGCUCCUUAGUUUUGGAGAUGCUAUUGCCAAAAGCAAGAGGUCCCCUGAAAAAUUAUUUGUUCUCUUAGACAUGUAUGAGAUAAUGCGAGAACUGCAUUCAGAGAUUGAAACAAUAUUUGAAGGUCAGGCCUGUGUCGAAAUGCGGGAAUCUUCAUUGAGUUUGACAAAGCGGCUAGCUCAGACGGCCCAAGAGACCUUUGGUGAUUUUGAAGAAGCCGUAGAAAAAGAUGCCACAAAAACUGCUGUUCUUGAUGGAACUGUGCAUCCUUUGACAAGCUAUGUAAUUAAUUACGUGAAGUUUUUAUUUGACUAUCAAUCGACAUUAAAGCAACUCUUCCAAGAGUUUGGUGAAGGGGAUGCUGAUGCUCAAUUAGCAUCUGUGACAACACAGAUUAUGCUGGCUCUUCAGAAUAACUUGGAUGGGAAAUCCAAGCAAUAUAAAGAUCCUGCAUUGACUCAAUUAUUUCUUAUGAAUAACAUUCACUACAUUGUCAGAUCAGUGCGAAGGUCAGAAGCAAAGGAUUUGUUGGGGGAUGAUUGGGUGCAAAUACACCGAAGGAUUGUACAGCAGCAUGCAAACCAGUAUAAGAGGGUAUCUUGGGCAAAGAUUCUGCAGUGUCUGUCCAUUCAAGGUGCUGCUUCAUCAGGUGGUGGUGGUGCGAUUGCAGAAGCUGGUAGCGGCAGUGGAGUUUCAAGAGCGAUGGUGAAAGACAGGUACAAGACCUUCAACAUCCAGUUUGAGGAGCUUCAUCAAAGGCAAUCUCAAUGGACAGUUCCAGACAGUGAGUUGCGAGAGUCAUUGAGGCUGGCAGUUGCUGAAGUUCUCCUACCUGCCUACAGAUCUUUCAUUAAACGUUUUGGGCCUAUGAUUGAAAAUGGGAAAAACCCGCAUAAGUACAUCAGAUACACUCCUGAGGAUCUUGAGCACAUGCUGAGUGAAUUCUUUGAGGGGAAGACCCUGAAUGAACUAAAGCGGCACACAUAAUUAGGUUGAUUAAAGGUUUGUUGCUACUAUAUUUGCUUUGAGCCCACAUUCAAAAUACCAAAGCCUUGCAAAUUGAAGGUGAUAGACCCAGAUUAACAAUAAGAAAAUCUGUGCUUUAUGAUGCUGGUACUCUUGUUGGUAUGUAUUUCCAAGAGUCAAACCUGUGACUUCCAAAUCUUAUGAGAAGUACAUGUUAAAUUAUCAAAGUUCAGCUAUUUUUUCUUCUUUUAUAUAUCUUGGGGACAAAAGGAAGUGUUUGUGCAACGUAGUGUGCCUUCCUGGAAAAUUUGCUCGUUUUAAAAUAUCAUUGAUAGUAUGGUUAUAUCAAGAAACUAUCUUUUCAACUUAUAGCAAAUAAGAGACAUGAAUCUUUUUCUUUUAUUUGUUACACCUAUGAUCCAAUCUUACAUGGAACAUAAAUCACUAGCAUAUCAGACAAUGGAGCAUAGAUUGUUAUGAUAUGGGGAAUGGAAAUGAGUACACAAAACAGUAUAUAAACUGGAACGUGGUAAAUCAGGUUAGGCUUAAAUGGUCCAUCGAUUGGUUAUUAAAAAUUAGAUUGUUGUAAGAUAAAUGCAAUAAUACCUUUUUUUUCCCAUUUCUAUAGAAGGGGCUAUAUGUUGGUAGUUCUCUCUCCUUUUUGGCAACUUUUUAUUUUUUCCUUUAAAAUGGAUUGACCAUGUAAUGCCACAAAACUACUUAUUUCAUAUUUCUGUUAUUCUUUUGGUAUGUUAUAACUGUUGAUCCAGUUUGCUUUAAAGACUUGUAUCCUCUUGCAUUUUGUUAACUAUUUGUAAUCUUGUUUUGUAAAAUUCAAUGAUAUAUUAAGGUUUAGUUUUUGACCUCUUCAAGCUUGUUUUCUAAUUGUUCAUUUUUCUUAGCUCUUUUUUGAAACCUUAAGCCCGCUUCCUUGUUUUUCAGCUAGUUUCAUUUGGAAAUCUACAUCCCCACCUAAAGCAAAAGCCUUUUGUAUGGUCAGUGGCAAAUAAGCAACACCAACAAGAAGCUAUAGGGAUUUGUUAUAAGUUGUUUGCAUAGCUGGGAUAGACAGGGUUUCUCAGAAUUUUGACAAAUAGGAUGAUUAUCUCUUUUAAGGAGUUUGGGAGACUCCCUAGAGGUGGAAUUCUUCGGUAAUUGGUGAGCCUCACUUUGAUUUGGAUAAGGUCAAUAAUUUUGUCAAGAAUUCGGUUGAUUUAUUUUCUUCUCUAUGACUUUAUAUUUUUGAAGCUUUGAACAGGUACUCCCUUGAAUCGCAUUUUGCUAUAUUGAAACGAAGCAGUACCAAAAUUUUUAUAGGAGUGAAGUGAGUUGAGCAUGUACAUGUUUGUCCUGUAGAGGGAGUGUAUGUAUGGAGUAAACUUUUAUUCUGAGGAGAUUUUUUCCAUUGAUUUACACGUGUGUGUGUGUGUGUGUUUGCAUUUAAUGGUUUGUUUAGUUGUCUGUUUCACAACAACAGAGAUAGGUUUCAUCUUGAAGAAUGCUUGCUGCAUGUAUUACUGAAAAUUCCAAGUACCCUAUUUCUUGAAUAAAAUUGAAGGAGAUAUUUUUU